UGAUACAACUUUUAACAUACAAAUCUUUCCCUUUUAUUUCCAAUUCCAAACCAAUAUAUGUAUAUAUAUAUAUAUAUGGAAAAGAAAAAAGAAAAAAGAAAAAUGGAAAAUGGGAAGACUAGUACUACAACUAGCUAGGAGUAGUAUAUUUUGGAGGGGUAAGAGAGUGCCUUUUUGGUGGAGGAAUGCUUGUCACCUACUCCUCUUAAGUUCCUCACUCACUGCACUUUUUCUUAUACUACUUCUCUUCUACUCCCUUUCCCUUCUCCUCAACUCAAAAGCUUUUACUUACUGCAGAUUUUUUUGCAAAGUGAGAGCGGAUUAAAAUCGGAGCUAUGUUUAGUUGAAUUAGGCUUAUUUGCAGUAGUUGCAGAACAGGGUUCAAUUUUGCUCUGUUUUUCUUUUCCUGUUUUCAGGUGUUUUUGCUCUGUUUUGUUUUUUUUUUUUUUAUGAUGAAAAUGGUGAGAAUGGAAAGGCACAAAUGCAAGUUAUGUUCGAAAAGCUUUUCAAAUGGGAGAGCUUUGGGUGGUCAUAUGAGGUCCCAUUUGGCUAAUUUCCCUCUGCCACCCAAGACUCCCCAGAAGGAGGAAGAACAGAGGAUACAGAGCCAGCCGGCGGCGGCGGCGGUUGAAGGUGGCUUAACUGGGUCUUCAACUUCCUCCGAGUGUUCUUCUGAGGAGGAAAAAGAAAUUAACAAUGAGAAUAGUACUUUCAGCAGUAAUGAGGAUCAAAAGGGGUUGGUUUAUGAGCUUAGGAAAAAUCCCAAGAAGAGUUUCAGGCUGGCUACAGAUCCUCCUCCUGAGGAGUACUACUUCCCGGACGGCGGUGCCGGCGCCGGCGGUGGUUUAGUGGUGGUUCAAGACAUAGAGAGUGAGACCGAGUCAACUAAGAAACCAACUCGGAGAAGAUCUAAGAGAACUCGGAGAAUGGUGGUGAACAGCAAGAUUCUCCUUCAGCAGCCCAGUUCAACGGAGUCAAUGGUGGAAUUGGAACAACAACAGGUCAGUACUAUUACAGUUUCAAAUACUACAACUAAUUCUACACAAGAAGAAGAUCUGGCCAUGUGUUUGGUAAUGCUUUCAAGGGAUGUUUGGAGCUGCAAUAAUAGUACUACUACUGCAAAUUCUGAUGAUCAUUACAAAACCAAGAAUAAGAAGAAGAAGAAGAAGACUAAUUGCUGGGAUGAAGAUGAUGAUGAAGAAUUUCCCAGAAAUGUUGUAAAUGUCUGUAGCAGCAACAGUGGAAGUAGAAUGAAAACAAAAAAUGGGAUGGAAAACACAAAAGUGCAUGAGUGCCCAUUUUGUGGCAAAGUUUUUGGGUCAGGUCAAGCUCUUGGUGGGCACAAAAGAUCACACUUUUUGGGUUCCACAACAACCACCACCGCCGGAACCGCCACCGCCACCACAACCGCCUCCGUGGUCUCAAACUCUGAGAGUUUGUUAGUCCCAUCAUCGUCAUCAUCAAAUUCUGCAAAGUCCCAGCACGCUGGAAUGUUCAUGAUAGAUCUCAACUUGCCAGCACCAAUGGAAGAGGAAGAGGAAGAGGGAGAGGAAAAUGAUGAUCAUCAUCCCCAUCACCACCAUCAUCAUCAUCAUCAUCAUCAUGAAAGAAAUGAACAAGACUUGUUCAUCAUCAGAUGCUGAUUUCAUCUUAGCAAAUUUGCUGGCACAACUUGGAAGGUCCAAAAUUGAAAAACUCAAUUGCUGCCAUUAUGAUCAUCAUUGUUUACUUCUCUUUUGGUUCUCUUUUAAUUGGAGGCUAUUUUUAGUUACUUCGGUUCUUCAAUUCAGUUUUUAACUAUUUAUAGAAAUUACUCAACCCUUCUUAUAAAAUGGAUCAUUUUGGUUUGGUCACUAUGACCAUUUGUUCUCACUUUGCAGCUUUAUUUGUUACUUGCUUAUUUUUUUCAGUCCCAUUGAAUAGAUUCAUUGGUAGUUACAAUAUUUGUUAUUUUUUGGGAGCUUCGAUAUUGUCACAAAAAAACGUGUAGUUAGUUUCGCUGUAACUACUGAUGCUUCCCCUGCCUCUCAACUCCUGUGGGGGGCGCCACCCAACUUCUCCUUAGCUUACAGAAGGGCAAACACAGACUUCCAUUAUUAUUCUAAACUCUUAAGCAUUUAUUAUUACCA